AUGGGUGAAGCUAGUGGGGAUCUAGAAGGUUUUACGACUUCGCCCCUGGGUCUCUCGUCAUUCUUGUUAUUCAUCCCUUCCAGCAGUGAAGACAGUAUGCUCCUCGAUGUCUGCCAGGUGGACCUGACCUCGUCAACGUCACAGGAGGAGCAGGAAUCUGAAUUAAAAGCUAAGUAUCCUGGUUUAGCCCAAAGGGGUGCCGCCUCAAUGCUCUUACAGAAGAGGCUCAAUCGAGGUCACAAAUUUUUCGAUUCUGGCGACUACAACAUGGCGCGAGCCAAAACUGCUCAACAGAAAUCGACAACUGAGGAAGAGGCUAUUGAAAAGGAAGAGAUCCUUCAGGAAUCGACGGGCGUUACUAUCGCCACUCCUGAAAGUGUCCCAGCAGUGCGCCGAAAGUCUAUGGUGGGGGGUCUGCGUUCGCAUCGAGACAGUCUCACUGCCACCGAGCCUCAUCACCAUCCAGGGAAUCAAUGA